AUGGUUCCAAGUUUUCAUAAUUCUUACAGGUUACUUAAGCAUUGCUGUGCAUCUACAUCUGUAAUCUGUAUACGCGUAUUCCAUUCAUUCAAAUGUGGGAAAAAAGUAAGGGAAAGCGGUGGUGUGGGACCCGUUGAGCGGUGGCGAAAGGCGGGAUUUUUUUUUUGGGUUUUGAGCACAGAAAAAUUACUUAUUCCCCCUUGCAAACAUCCAAACUUCAAGGGAAAUUUUCUCGUAGAAUAUAGAGUGAUGGGGCCUAAUUUCAUGGAUGAAAUUGAAUGUGGAAACUUCUUUGAUCAAAUUGAUGACUUAAUCGAGUUCCCCCCUGAAAAUGAGUGUGCUGGUGGUGGCCUUGUUGUUGAUGGUGAUAUCAAGGAUUUUCCGAGCAUUUGGGACGAUGUGUUGCCUGAUACUGACCCCCUUUCCUCCAGCAGCAAUGGUAGUGCUCCAUCUGACCUCUCGACUGAGCUUGCUGUUCCGUAUGAAGACAUUGUACAGCUAGAAUGGCUUUCGACAUUUGUGGAGGAUUCCUUCUCGGGUGGAGGGUCGACCUUUGGAAAAGAGAACACUUGCAUUAGCACGGAGCCAUCACACAACCAAUUCCAAAUAUCGAGCCCUAUUUCUGUACUUGAGAGCAGCAGCAGCUCCUGCACUGGGGGGAAGAUUAUGCCUCUCAGUCCGACUCACCGGGGUCCACAACGUGCUCGAAGCAAGCGUCCUCGUCCGGCAACUUAUAAUCCCCGACCUGCAAUCCAACUUAUAUCCCCUCCGUCUUCUUUCAUCGAGACUCCCCGGCCAUUUGUUACUCCUGGAGUUUCUUCAGAAUCUGAAAACUUUGCAGAGUCUCGACCAAUGAAGAAGAUCCCCAAACUGGUUUCCAGAGUGGAAAAAACGAAGAAGAAAACCCCACCUGAGGGGAAUCAGAAUGCUCCAACACAAGCGGUUAGGAAAUGCUUGCACUGUGAGAUAACAAAGACUCCCCAGUGGAGGGCUGGCCCAAUGGGACCGAAAACCCUGUGCAAUGCAUGUGGCGUCCGCUACAAAUCAGGCCGAUUGUUCCCUGAAUAUCGUCCCGCUGCAAGUCCUACCUUCAGUCCGUCUUUACACUCAAAUUCUCACAAGAAAGUCGUUGAAAUGAGAAGCAAGAUUGGGGAACAUCCUGCAGCAAAUACCCAAAUGGCCACCGAACGGGAGCUCAUCCCAGAAGCUUCACCGGUAUGCAUGUGA